AUGGUAUUCACCUGUGCGAUCAGUGGAGAACCGGCGGAGGAGCCGGUGGUUUCGCCAUCGGGGCAUAUUUUUGAGAAGCGGCUUAUUCUAAAAUAUAUUAUUGAGAACGGCGUGGACCCUGUCAGUAAUGAGUCGUUGGAGGAGAAUCAGUUGGUCCCUCUCAAAACUGGCGCCGUGGACACAAUCCCGCGGAAUGUUGCUGGUACUUCUAUUCCAUCGCUGCUGAAAAUGCUUCAGGAUGAAUGGGACAGUGUUAUGUUAAACAGCUUCUCUCUUCGCCAGCAGCUGCAGACAGCUAGACAGGAGCUUUCACAUUCGCUUUAUCAGCACGAUGCUGCUUGCCGUGUUAUUGCGCGUCUCACGAAGGAAUUAACAGCUGCACGUGAAGCUUUAUCCACCCUGAAACCACAUGCAGCAAAUGUUGCCCACGCUGGUGCAGGGGACAUCGACAUGGAACAGAGCGUCGACGAAGCUCAGGGCAUCUCUGAAGCAGUUCUUGCUCGUUUGGACGAAAAGGCAAAAACGUUGACAGCGGCUAGGAAACAGCGUGGCAAGAAUCUUCCGGAAGAGCUCACGAAGCAGGAUGAAUUUGGUUCCUUUCACGAGUCAGCUUGUCAUACAGGAAUUCAUAGCACUGGAACGCCUGGAAUCACUGCUUUGGAUGUUCAAGGGAAAAUGGUCCUCACUGGAGGAGCGGAUAAGACAGUUGUACUGUUCAACUCAGAGAAAGAACAAGUGCAAGAUGUGUUUAAAGGACACCAGAAGAAAAUCAAUGCAGUUAUACUUCAUCCCAACUCUAAAAAUGCUAUUUCUGCAAGUUCUGAUGCUCAGGUGCGAGUCUGGGCCACUGGAGAAGAAACCUGCAAAGCACUUAUUGACAUCCAUCAAGCUCCGGUUACUGACAUUUCUCUUCAUGCCACUGGUGACUAUGUUUUAUCAGUCUCAGACGAUUCUCACUGGGCUCUCAGCGAUGUUAACAGCGGCAAAACAUUGUGCAAGGUACGAGCUGAUGAGAACUCUUCUGUAGCGGUUUGCUGUGGACAGUUCCAUCCCGAUGGUCUCAUUUUUGGAACAGGAACUGCUGAUGCCGUGGUGAAAAUCUGGGAUUUGAAAGAGCAGACAAAUGUGGCAAACUUCCCAGGUCAUCAAGGUGCAGUGCGAGCAAUUGCAUUCUCGGAGAAUGGAUAUUAUUUAGCAACGGGUGCAGAAGAUGGAGAACUUAAACUGUGGGAUCUGCGCAAGUUGAAGAAUCUCAAGACAUUGAGCUUGCACGAUGGGAAACAUUCUAUUAACAAUAUCUGCUUUGAUCAUUCUGGAACAUACUUGGCGGUGGGAUCAAAUGAUGUUGAGGUGUUACACGUUAAAUCAUGGCAGGUCGUGGCUGCAUUCGAUAACCAUACCGCCGCAGUCACAGCUAACAGAAUGAGUUUUGUGCGUCGUUGGACGCUAGGUGAGACGCCGUCAUCUAGUCUGCACCAUCCUUCUACAAUUCGGAGCUCAGUUAGCCCACAGCUUGACAUCGUCUGCGAAGAAGACGAUCGUAAAGUCCGAAAACGCGAGUUCUUCGGCACUACGGCGAGUUCCAGUAGCGCACAUUCGCCAAAAAGAAGAAAAACGUCGUCGACGUCGUUUUCGCUGGGUGACUUCUUCUUCAAUCCGGUGAGAAUGGUGUAUAGAUUAAUCGGUGCCGAAGACAGCGACAAUAUCGAAGGUUCUGCUUUCGAAUCGACCUUUAGAGAAAACGGUGCAGAUUUGUUGAGUGAUCGGAACUCUGUAGGAAAGUUUCCAACAACAUGUGCAAUUGUUGACCUAACACAAGAAUCAGCUGAGCUUGACGACACCGAUGUGGAAGUCGUGUCCGAGGUUCAAAAUACACUCCUCUCUACAGUGAGACAGCCGCAAGAGCUAACUAUGGAGCGGAGGUGCAAUUUAUUGGAGACGAAAGAGGCUGAGAAAGAUGACGACAUUGUUUUCGUCGAAACAAAUCAUUCUAGCAGUGCAAUGGAGAAGCAGGAUGAGGAAAACGAAGAGGAUGUAGAAUUUGUAAAGGAAGUAGAACGGCAAGAUGAAACUGAUGACGUUGAAAUCGUCGCCGAGAUCUGCAAUUCCCCAAAAGGAGCUCUGGUAGCUAACAGAAAAUCGGUUGAGUCCGCGAGAGAUCAUGUAACCUCCUUGUCAAUAUCGGUGGCAACUAGCCCAGCAAGGUCGAACUCUUCGGUAUCCAUUGUCACAGAAGUGGCACCAGUGGGUGACCAGGCAAGCACGUCAUCACCGGCACCUGAGGACAGUGUGAGCAGGCAGGGAACACCACAUGGGCAUAGAUUCGACACACCUUCACCCCGCACUGAUCCAUGGCGACGUCGCAGAGCACUUAUAUCCAAAGGAAGAUCCACGAGAAUGUCGUCACAUUUGGGAUCCAUCGAAAGAACCUUUGCUCGUCUACGAAAUGAAAGCUGGAAUGGAAUGUCAGGAGGGUCAAAUGUGAAUUUGUUGGCUCGUGAUUGUCUUGUAGAUAUGAUUGGAAGGAUGGGCAACAUCGUGGAGUAUCCGUCUAGAAGUGAGACAUUAUUGAGUCAGACAAUGGAUAAAACGAAGUCCUUUCGCAAAAGUCGGCCUGUUGAAGACUGCGUAGAUGCAAAAGUGAGAAUUCGGAAGAUUCUCGACAAAAUCCAGAAAAGGAAGUAUGAGAGAAGAAAACACGAGAAAAACUUAGACGGGUCAAUAGGAGCGAAUAAAUCGUUCGAGAGACAAUCGUCUUCCGAACAAGCGAGCGAGGAUAAUGACUGUGAGCAGGAGCAGUCGGAGGCCAGUUCCGUCGGCACUGCACCGUUUGUGACUGAAUUGGAGUAUCAAAGCUCUGGCUCCGGAACGCCUGUGAGCUCAAGAUCUACGACUGGAGUUGAGAAAAUUACAGAAUUGUUAAGUCGAAUGAACACCGUGACUCAAAGACCGACACCCUACACUAUUUACGAAAGGUUAAAAGAGGAGCUGCGAGAGAAAUCUGAGAGGCAGAUCGCACUGAGAGAGGAAAUAAGAAUACGAAAUCUUGCAGGCCUUUUCAGACGAGAAGCCGCAGAAGAGGAUGUUCGAAAAAAUCUCGAAAUUAUCGGGGUCCGGGUCCCUGCUCGGAAGCCGAAAGUAAAAGACGAGUUUGUGCCACUCCCUGACGAAGCAUUGGAUCUAUGCCAGCGUGUUUGGGACAGGCGUUCACCACAGUCCGAAGAGUUCACUGAGGCUUUUGGUAUUAAGCUAACGCGGAAGGACCUGUCGACUCUGUCCGGAUUAGAUUGGCUCAACGACGAAGUGAUCAACUUCUACCUCCAACUAAUAUGUCAACGAAGUAAUGAGAUGAAGGGAUUACCCAAGACAUAUGCGUUUAACACCUUUUUCUAUGCGAAUAUUUCUGCGAAAGGCUACAAUUCGGUAAAACGGUGGACAAGGAAGGUGGACAUCUUCUCUUAUGAUAUGCUACUCGUUCCAGUGCAUCUAAGUGUUCAUUGGUGCAUGGCGGUGAUUGAUCUCAGGAAAAAGCAUAUUGAUUACUACGAUUCGUUACUAGGAAGGAAUCAAAAGUGCCUUGACGACUUGAAGAAUUAUCUCGAAGAAGAGUGCAAGGACAAGAAAAAACAGUUGUUUAAUUUUGAUGGCUGGGAGUUUAAUCUUCGUAAGGAUAUUCCUCGUCAACUCAACGGAAGUGAUUGCGGUGUAUUUGCAUGCAAGUUUGCCGAAUUUGCAUCUAGACGUGCAGAGAUAGUGUUCACGCAAGAACACAUGCCAUAUUAUCGACAACGGAUGCUGUACGAUAUCUUCAUGUGA